GCUCCGCCGUGUAGGGGCUGGCGCGCUGCGUCCCGCCAUGUAACGCACCGCUGCCGCCGUUCUACCCGCCCCGGCCGCCGCCUCCGCGCCGCUGCCCUUCGCUGCUCGCCUGGCUCCCCCCGCCCGGGAUGGGGGCCUGGCGCCCGGCCCGCCGGGGGGGCGCCCGGCCAUGAAGGGCGGCGGGGGAGCCGCUCUCAGCACCUGCCCGCCGCGACGGGACCGCGACGCCCGAGGACCGGCGGGGCUCCUCCUCGCUUACUGCUAUGGACAGUGCUAUCACCCUGUGGCAGUUCCUCCUCCAGCUCCUCCAAGAGCCUCAGAACAAGAAUAUCAUCUGUUGGACCUCCAACGACGGGGAGUUCAAACUGCUGCAGGCAGAGGAGGUGGCCAGGCUCUGGGGGAUCCGCAAGAACAAGCCCAGUAUGAACUAUGACAAACUCAGCCGAGCUCUCAGAUACUAUUAUGUGAAGAAUAUCAUUAAGAAAGUGAAUGGUAAGAAGUUUGUCUACAAGUUCGUCUCUUACCCGGAGAUCCUGAACAUGGAUCCGCUGGUGGUGGGCAGGCUGGAAGGGGACCCCGAGAUGGCUGGCUUUGCAGAGGUCAGCAGCGCUCCAAAGGAGGUGGAGAACGGUGGGAAGGAGAAGGCUCAGCCCUGUGCAAAGUCCUCCAGCCGCAAUGACUACAUCCACUCGGGCCUCUACUCCUCCUUCACCCUCAACUCCCUCAACUCCUCCAGCGUCAAACUCUUCAGGUCCAUCAAGAUCGAGAAUCCGGCUGAGAAACUGACGGAGAAGAAACCCGCUCAGGAGCCGACCCCCUCUGUCAUCAAGUUUGUCACCAUGCCCUCCAAAAAGCCUCCCUCUGCCCCCCUGGUCUCUACCACUUCAGCAAUCUCUGCCCCUUCCGCCGCUGCUGCCACUUCCUCCGCGCCCUCCCUUCCCAUGGGAUCGGACGAGACGCUGCAGACCUUGGAGACCCUCGUGCUGCCCAAGCUGACUGUCCCUGAAGCUCCAGCACCUUUGCCAAACUUAACCACCAGCUUCACCCCAACCCCCCCCAUCUCCUCAGUUUCCCCUACUCUGCAAGUUCCCUCCACGCCCCCGUCGCCUCCCCUGAGCUCCAACCCUGACCUGGACAUUGACACGGACAUCGAGUCCGUGGCCUCUCAGCAGCUGGAGCAGGCUCAGGGCCUUCAGCAUCAGUCCCCAGAGCCCAAAGAGCAGGAUUCAUCUGUGCUGGAGAAGGAAUUUGCCAACCACCUCUCCAGAUCUAAAAAACCCAAAGGGCUGGAGUUGGCUCCCACCUUGGUCAUCACAGGCAGCGACCCAAGUCCACUGGGGAUUCUGAGCCCUUCUCUCCCAACUGCUUCUCUUACUCCAGCACUUUUCUCUCAGACUCCCAUCUUGCUGACCCCAAGCCCCUUGCUCUCCAGCAUCCACUUCUGGAGUACCCUCAGCCCAGUUGCUCCUCUCAGUCCUGCCAGGUUGCAAGGUGCUAACACACUCUUUCAGUUUCCAUCAGUGCUGAACAGUCAUGGCCCAUUUACUCUGUCUGGACUGGAUGGACCUUCAACCCCUGGCCCAUUUUCCCCUGAUCUACAGAAGACAUAGCACAUGAUCUCCUGGGAAGGACAUCUUGGCAAGCCAAGGGGAAGGAUGUGACCACUUCUCUUGAGCCCCCCUUUUGUAACCGAGCAGUUUCCAGCUCCACAAAGGUUCUCCACAGUCCUUGGGGGUUUUGCCCUUC